UGUGGCUUUGAGAGCAACGACUCUUUCCUCAUAAAAACUGCCAACCAACACAAGCCAAAGUCUUGUUAUCUUCGCUCUCAAAGGCUCUCUAUCUCUCACACAUAGUUUUUGUUGUUUACAUGUUUGAGAGCUAGGGAAAGAGAUGGAAGAAGAGAAAUCAUACUUGCCGGCCAAUUCUCUUCCAUAUUGCAGUGCGAGAAUUAUAUCAUCGGAAAUUGUGGAGAUAGGAGAGGAUAGCAGGAGUGGUACGUUUGUUAACAGCAUAGAUGCUGGAGCCAGUGAUGUUUAUGUAGCUGUGGGUAAAGAUGAUUUAGAUGUCCUGAAAUGGGCUCUUGAUCAUGCUGUUUCUCCUGGAUCUCGAGUUUUCCUUGUUCAUAUUUUUCCUCCAAUAACAUAUAUUCCUACACCAGUUGGAAAAUUAUCCAGAAGUCAAUUAAGCCAAGAUCAAGUGAGAUAUUACAUUAAUGAAGAGCAUAACAGGAGGAGGAAUAUAUUGCAGAAAUACAUUCGCUUGUGUAAUGAUGCCAAGGUGACAGUGGAUACAAUGCUCCUUGAGAGUAGUGAGACUGCCAAAGCUAUUCUUGAUCUCAUUCCUGUUCUGAACAUUACCAAUCUUGUCAUGGGAACUACACGCCGGCCUCGCACAAGGUUACUGAAGAAAAAAUUGGCGAAAGCAGAGUUUAUCAAGAAGAACGCUCCAGACUAUUGUCAGAUCACUAUUGUUCCUGAUCGCAAGAAGGUUGUGGAUGACCAGAAAGUAACAGAGCUGGUGCAUCCAUCUCACCCUACCAAUCCUAAAAGACCCGAUAUUUCUCGGAGCAACUCUGAAAAGAAGUUUUUGGAGUGCGCAUGCUUUUCAGCUUGUAGGAGUAAGGUGAAGUAUUAAGAUUUUAACAGCUCCAAGGUACAAGGGAUGAAGAACAACUUGCAAUUGAAAAAGGAAAGGCCACAACAAGCACAACCCAUAAGUUCUGGAGGAGAUUUGGUGUUGUCUGAAAAUAAUGUGCAAGCAGAACAGAAGACAACAACUAACAAUUUUCUUUUACUUCAUUGAAUUCUUUCCAAGCCUAUAAUAACCAAUAAUGUAUUUGACUAGAAGUACACAAUAGAUGAGAAGGCCAAGUACACAAAAAAUAAAGCAAUUAAAGCAUGGAAGCUCCUUGACUGAUCUGGACUUAGAAAGGUCCUCAUUUUAGCACCACGUGAUGAAAAAAGAACCUGCAAAAUCAGCAACAUAUCAAAAUUAUAAGUACAUUUCCCGCUUCCUACACAUCA